AUGGCAGAAGGAGGCAGUAGUGGAGCGAAUGGCGUAGAUCUGGAGAAGGAGCUGUCGUGCAGUAUCUGCACGGACAUCCUCUAUCAACCUCUGACACUGCUCGACUGUCUACACACUUUCUGCGGCUGCUGUCUGCAAGAAUGGUUCACAUGGCAGCGAGCAUCGGCCAUCAGCAGCGGGCGAUCGAAUCACCCGUAUACCUGCCCAUCAUGUCGCGAGACUGUACGAGCCACCAAGGCCGACUGGAGGCUGUCCACGUUGCUGGAAGGCUAUCUCAGGGCGAAUCCGGAUCGGAUCAAGCCAGAGGAAGAGAAAGAUGAGAUGCGCAAGCACUACAAGCCUGGCGACGAUGUGCUGCCUCCGGUGCAUACACCGCGCGACGAGGAAGACAGCGAGGAUGAGAGGCUGACCGCUGAAGUCAGAGAGCUGAGCAUGGCGAGUGUAGAUCCAAGUGCGGAUCGUCGGAGGGCGGAAAGAGCCACCAGAGACAGACAGCGGCGGCGGCAAGAGCGACGAGCAAGUCCACAGUCUCGCCAUACAGCGGAGGAGCUUGGGCGGCAGCAACAGUCCAGCCGGUGGGUGGCAAGACAGGCUACUAGGCAAGAGUCUGUCGAAGAUAGGCAGAUCGAGCAUCAGCCAUCGUUGCGCAGCCUGCUCAGUGGCUCGGAUAUCAGCUCAGAGGAUGUGCAAGAGGAGAUACUGCAGUCAAUAUACUCAGAAGGCCUGCUGAAUGGCAUUGACAUGGACAACCUCACUCCGGCUCAAGAAGAGGAACUGACUGAACGUAUUGCGGAGGCAUAUCGAAGGCGGCAAAGACACCGUGAGCGGUCUAGGAAUCGCGAGAGAGAUGAUCAGCAGGGUCGACCUUCACAAUCGCAAGACGUUCGCGCGGAAAGUCCUGCUAGAGAGCAACAUCGUGCGGAUCCCUCGCAAUCACAACAACAGCAAGCAAGAGAGCCUCGGGCACGACCCCCCAUCAGCCGACCACAUCUUUUUGAGCAAACAGGAGCAGGAGCGGAGCGCAAUCAACGAAGAUCCGCCAGCUCUACCAGUCACCGCAGAGUGCCUUCAACGGAAGCCAGGUCCGACACAGCCGAAGGUACACCGCCUGCUCGUUCUGCCACAGAUCUUUCGCCAGGGCAAAGAUCCGACGACAUGCAGGGAUCAAGGCCCAGAGCAUCGUCCAGUAAUGCUCGCAGCACGACUGAUCCCUCAGGACUCCGCAGUGAUGUCCAGCGAGUACGAGGAUCCUCGACGUUAGGAUCAAGCACUGUCGACGACGCAGUGAGGCCUGGUAGCCGAGACUCACAGGUCCUACCACAUCGGAGGCAGACAAACCCACCAGCUGCCAGCACUAGCCAGGCGCCGCUCACAGCGAAUCAUGACCAUGUCCCAGCUCAGACCACAGCACAUCAGCCAUCAGUAAGGCCUGCAGUAUCAAAGUCAGCCUUCGCUCCAGAAGCCGUUCAAGCAGAGCAAUUACAUUCGAACGCGCCACGACUCUCCUGCUCGCGAUGCGCCAAGCCCGACAUUGAGGCUAAGCUGCACUACAACUGCUCGAAAUGCGACGAUGGAAACUUCAACCUAUGCCUUCAGUGCUACCGUGGCAGUCAAGGCUGUCGCCACUGGUUCGGCUUCGGAUUUGUGGCCAUGUCAAAAUACCAACGUGAAGCGCCACCGGAAGGAUACCCCAGAGGCUACGACUACCCUCACAUCCUGACACCUCGUCGUCAUGUCGCCCCAUCCGAUACUCUAUCACCAAGCUCAAACACCUCCAGCUCCACCGGCCUCGAGGAAGGCGCCUUUUGCGAAUCCUGCUUCACCAACGCCAACACAAACUACUGGUACUGCGCCACUUGUCUCGACGGCGCCUGGGGCUUCUGCAACGCCUGCGUCCUCCAGGGAAAGCACUGCACACACCCUCUCCUCCCACUCGCCCACAUCAGCACACUCCCCCCAGACUCCUCCCGCGACCCAUCACGCCUGCAAUUCCUCCCACUCCCACAUCUGAAACAACACAGCUACGUCCACGUCCCCGCAAUCACAGCCUGCGACAUCUGCACCCUCGACAUCCCAAGCAAUGCCACGCGGUACCAUUGCACCCAAUGCAGCGACGGCGACUACGACAUCUGCAACACCUGCUACAACAGCCUCGUCGCCACCGGUAAAAUAUCCAUCACCAACGGUCCCAACGGAUGGCGCCGCUGUCUCAACAAUCACCGCAUGUCCAUCAUCGGCUUCUCUUCCACAGCGCAAGGUCAAGUCCGCACCUCCACCCGAGACCCAGUAGGCGGCUUUCGUCUCAAGGAGCCCAUGUCAGGGGGAGGAGGAAGCGCACCGCCACCAUCGCCACAAGGCAAUACCGGCAAGAGGACUGCCGGCUGGAGCUGGUUCCCUGCUGAAGAAAACCGGGACGAGUUAGCGUUUCCUCGGAAUGCCGAAGUUCGGGAGUGCGAGGAUUUGAAUGCCGAUUGGGCGGUGGGGGUUUAUGCUGGAAGGGUGGGCGUGUUUCCGAGUAAUCAUACUAGGAAGAUGUGA